ACAGUUAGCACCCGUAGCUAGGUACAGUGAGUGUGUGUCUGUGUGUGUCUGUGUGUGUGUGUUCAGGUGUGAACAUGUUACCAUUAUCUGUCAAAGACGACGAGUACAAACCCGCUAAGUUCAACCUGCUGCUGAAGCUCUCAGGAUGGUUCAGGUCGAUCCUCGCGGAUAAAACGUCCCGCAACCUGUUCUUCUUCCUGUGUCUGAAUCUGUCCUUCGCCUUCGUGGAGCUCACCUAUGGCAUCUGGAGCAACAGUUUAGGUCUGAUCUCAGACUCCUUCCACAUGUUCUUUGACUGCACCGCUCUGCUGGCAGGUCUCGCAGCCUCCGUCAUCUCCAGGUGGAGAUCCAACGACAGCUUCUCCUACGGGUACGUCAGAGCCGAGGUUCUGGCUGGUUUCGUCAACGGACUCUUUCUGAUCUUCACAGCGUUCUUCAUCUUCUCUGAAGGAGUCGAGAGAGCUCUGGAGCCUCCUGAUGUUCAUCACGAUCGGUUGCUUCCCGUCUCUAUCGCUGGUCUGCUCGUCAACCUGGUCGGGAUCUUUGUUUUCCAGCACGGAGGACACGGACACUCACACGGAGAAGAAGGUCACGGACACAGCCACUCUCUGUUUAACGGCAGUGUGAAUCACGGACACAGUCACGGAGGACACGACCACCACAACAAACAUUCAGACUGGAAGAGUCACGGAGGACACGGACACAGCCACGGAGGACAGGACAGUCAUGGACACAGUCACGGAGGACACGACGGACAUGGACACAGUCACGGAGGACACGACGGACACAGUCACGGAGGACACGACGAUCAUGGACACAGCCACGGAGGACACGGUGGACAUGACGAGCACUGUCACGACGAGCUGCACACUCCGGGGAAAGGAUCCAGUAAACAGAUCCUGCAGGGCGUGCUGCUGCACAUCAUCGCCGACACUCUGGGCAGCGUCGGCGUGAUCAUCUCCGCUCUGCUGAUGCAGCAUUACGACCUGAUGAUCGCCGACCCCAUCUGCUCCAUGCUGAUCGCCCUCCUCAUCGGAGUCAGCGUGGUGCCUUUACUGAAAGAGUCCAUUGGGAUCCUGAUGCAGAGAACGCCUCCAUCACUGGACCACGCCCUGCCGGAGUGUUACCAGAGGGUGCAGCAGCUGCAGGGAGUGUACAACCUGCAGGAGCCUCACUUCUGGACUCUGUGUACGGACGUUUACAUCGGAACAUUAAAGCUGCUGGUUGCCCCCGACGCCGACACCCGCUGGAUCCUCAGCCAGACGCACCACAUCUUCACACAGGCUGGAGUUCGACAGCUGUACGUUCAGAUCGACACGGCCGCCAUGUAGAAGCUCCUCCUCCUCUCAACACCUGGGACCAAUCACCUUCAGUCUGCUGCUGGUGACCUCUGACCCCGCCCACAGAGGCGCUGCAGGACAGACUGAGACCAGCGGGGGGGAACUAGACUGAUCUCCCAUAAUGCUCCAGCCCGACUCAAACAGCCCCUCCCCCUCUUUUUUAAAUGUACCUGUCCGUGGCGGCGGGAAGCGAGAUGCCCCGCCCUGCACUUUGUAGACUGGAGCAAAGCAUUCUGGGUAAAGUGCCUUCAUCAUGAAUCAGAGACAAUCUGAGCCCCCCCACCCCCGCCCCUCUAUGACAUCACCGCUGGGACCAGACCGCUGCCAGCUGAUUGGUCCGUGCGUCUGUGAUGUCACUGUGUUUUUAACGUGCCAAACAAUGUGACCAAACCAUGUGACCAGUCAGUGGGUUUCUGUCUUUUUUUCAACUGUAAUAAAUAUUUUUUUUUUUCUCUGAA